CGGAGUUCUCCGCAAGUUCCGACCAGAUUCUGGCCUGCCGGACACGCCUCUCCGGGCGCAGCGAGCAGCCCUCAGAGUUGGCUCGGGUUCAUCCUGGGGCCCCUCUGCAGUCUGAAAGCGCCGCGAACUGAGCCUCCAUUUCCGAAGCGAAAGCAUUCCUACGGGAGAACUACCACCUCUUGAAGGAGGACCACGUUGCUAAAGGGAAAAAUGUGAGGGCGCUCUGUACAGAACACUUAAGCUCUUGGCUUUUUUCCCCACUGUAAAGGUGAAAAUGGGGUGGGCACGGUGCUGGUUAUUUUAAGAGGUAACGUACAGGAACAUUCACACACUUCCAUGAUGUUGAUUACGCGGUGAACGUGGGUUUGCCCACAACAAAGAUGGCGUCCACACAUGUUAACCGGGUGCGGUCACGUCCUCAUAGACCAGGAUGCGGGCCUGUAUGGCUUCAGAUGACAAGCGGAUGUAAAAGCUCACUUCCGGGUGGGACCAAUCGGGCGCCAUCUUGUCUUGUUCGUGAAGAAGUAGAAGCAUCGGAAGGGUUGGAGAGGUGGCGACAGCGGUGUUCGGAGCCAGUGUGGUAUAGGUCAGCCGCCUCCUUAUCAUUAACUUUUAUUUAAAGUACAAGGAAGGAGCUACAGACCAUUCUGUAUUCGUUUGGUGUUGAUGCCUGCUGUGUGCAAGAGGCUGUCUUGUAUCAUAUGCAAGGGCAUAAGUAAUCUUGUUGCUAUGCUUCCAAGCUGUAGCCUGAAUCAACCCAAAUUUUAAACAGAAGGUGAACCUCUGAGGCUGGAAGUGAGUUCCAGAAGCUUAACAGAUUCAGUGAAACAUUUUUUGGUGGAACUAUUGCUAGUGAUUCCAGAUAGAAAGUCAAGUAUAUGUAAAAGUCAGGAUGUGGGACCAAGGAGGAGGACAGCCUUGGCAGCAGUGGCCCCUGAACCAGCAGCAAUGGAUGCAGUCAUUCCAGCACCAGCAGGAUCCAAGCCAGAUUGAUUGGGCUGCAUUGGCUCAAGCUUGGAUUGCCCAAAGAGAAGCGUCAGGGCAGCAAAGCAUGGUAGAACAGCCACCAGGGAUGAUGCCAAAUGGACAAGAUAUGCCUACCAUGGAAUCCGGUCCAAACAAUCAUGGGAAUUUUCAAGGAGAUUCAAACUUUAACAGAAUGUGGCAACCAGAAUGGGGAAUGCAUCAGCAACCCCCACACCCCCCUCCAGAUCAGCCAUGGAUGCCACCAACACCAGGCCCAAUGGACAUUGUUCCUCCUUCUGAAGACAGCAACAGUCAGGACAGUGGGGAAUUUGCCCCUGACAACAGGCAUAUAUUUAACCAGAACAAUCACAACUUUGGUGGACCACCCGAUAAUUUUGCAGUGGGGCCAGUGAACCAGUUUGACUAUCAGCAUGGGGCUGCUUUUGGUCCACCGCAAGGUGGAUUUCAUCCUCCUUAUUGGCAACCAGGACCUCCAGGACCUCCAGCACCUCCCCAGAAUCGAAGAGAAAGGCCAUCAUCAUUCAGGGAUCGGCAGCGAUCGCCUAUUGCACUUCCUGUGAAGCAGGAGCCUCCACAAAUUGAUGCAGUAAAACGCAGAACUCUUCCAGCUUGGAUUCGAGAAGGUCUUGAAAAAAUGGAACGUGAAAAGCAGAAGAAGUUGGAGAAAGAAAGAAUGGAACAGCAACGUUCACAGUUGUCCAAAAAAGAAAAGAAAGCCACAGAAGAUGCUGAAGGAGGGGAUGGGCCUCGUUUACCUCAGAGGAGUAAAUUUGACAGUGAUGAGGAAGAUGAAGACGCUGAAAAUGUUGAGGCUGCAAGCAGUGGGAAAGUCACCAGAAGUCCCUCUCCAGUUCCUCAAGAAGAGCAAAGUGAACCAGAGAUGACUGAAGAAGAGAAGGAGUAUCAAAUGAUGAUGCUGACAAAAAUGCUUCUGACUGAAAUCCUACUGGAUGUCACAGAUGAAGAAAUUUAUUAUGUAGCCAAAGAUGCACACCGGAAAGCAACGAAAGCUCCUGCAAAACAGCUGGCACAGUCCAGUGCACUGGCCUCCCUCACUGGACUCGGUGGACUGGGUGGUUAUGGAUCCGGAGACAGUGAAGAUGAGAGGAGUGAGAGAGGCUCCGAGUCAUCUGAUACUGAUGAGGAGGAAUUACGGCACCGAAUCCGGCAAAAACAGGAAGCUUUUUGGAGAAAAGAAAAAGAACAGCAGCUGUUACAUGAUAAACAGAUGGAAGAAGAAAAGCAGCAAACAGAAAGGGUUACAAAAGAGAUGAAUGAAUUUAUCCAUAAAGAGCAAAAUAGUUUAUCACUACUAGAAACAAGAGAAGCAGAUGGUGAUGUGGUUAAUGAAAAGAAAAGAACUCCAAAUGAAACUCCAUUAGUUUUAGAACCAAAAAAAGAUCAUAAAGAGAAAGAGAAACAAGGAAGGAGUAGGUCAGGCAGUUCUAGUAGUGGGAGUUCCAGUAGCAAUAGCAGAACUAGUAGUACCAGUAGCACUGCGUCUAGCUCUUCAUACAGUUCUAGCUCAGGUAGUAGCCGCACUUCUUCUCGAUCUUCUUCUCCUAAAAGGAAAAAGAGACACAGUAGGAGCAGAUCUCCAGCAGUUAAAGCCCGACGUAGCAGGAGUAGAAGUUACUCUCGCAGAAUUAAAAUAGAGAGCAGCAGGGCUAGAGUCAAGGUUAGAGAUAGGAGGAGAUCUAAUAGAAAUAGCAUUGAAAGAGAAAGACGGCGAAAUCGGAGCCCUUCCCGAGACAGACGUAGAAGUAGAAGUCGCUCGAGAGAGAGGCGAGCCAAUCGGUCCACUCGCAGUAGGAGUCGAGAUAGGCGUAAAAGUGAUGAUCAACGUGGAAAUCUUAGUGGGAGCAGUCAUAAGCAUAAAGGUGAGGCUAAAGAACAAGAGAGAAAGAAGGAGAGGAGUCGAAGUGUAGAUAAAGAUAGGAAAAGGAAAGACAAAGAAAGGGAGCGUGAACAGGAUAAGAGAAAAGAGAAACAAAAAAGGGACGAAAAAGAUUUUAAGUUCAGUAAUCAGGACGAUAGGUUAAAAAGGAAACGAGAAAGUGAAAGAACAUUCUCUAGGAGUGGUUCUAUAUCUGUUAAAAUCAUCAGACAUGAUUCUAGACAGGAUAGUAAGAAAAGUGCUACCAAAGACAGUAAAAAACAUUCAGGCUCUGAUUCUAGUGGAAGGAGCAGUUCUGAAUCUCCAGGAAGUAGCAAAGAAAAGAAGGCUAAGAAGCCUAAACAUAGUCGAUCGCGAUCCGUGGAGAAACCUCAAAGGUCUGGUAAGAAGGCAAGCCGCAAACACAAGUCUAAGUCCCGAUCAAGAUCAACAACCCCUCCCCGUCGAAAACGCUGAGGAGUGAUGUGGCAAGAAUGCCAUGAUGUUUAAAAAAUUCCAUGAGUUUUAAGGGCUUGUCUCAUUAUAGAGGCACAUUGUGGCUGUGUAGGUGAAACCAGAAUCUUUUUUUUUUUUUUUAAUCUGUAAAUAGGUGUACUUUUUCCAAAUGCUGCUCCAAGUUACUUAAUAGGAUUUCUUUGUAUUACAUUUUUUUCAAAAAUAGUGCAUAAUAAGACUAUAAACAUGCCAUUCUCUUUCAGCUGUAAUGUUCUUAAAGUUAUUCUUGAAUGUACUGUGAUGUCAAUAAAGCUCUUUAGUUCAUUUUUGUUAA